ACUGCUCUCAGAAGGAGACUGAGUUGCAGCACCAUAAAAAUUUAUAAGGCCAUUGCAGGCCCUGACUACCAGGCUGCUGCUGCUUUGAGCCAGCUGAUCAACAGAUGCAACCAGCCUUUCUGCAGUUGCCUUGGAGGUUAUGGCAUUAUCAUCUUCAUGAUUAGGUCUUGGUAGUUUGAUGGCAGAAGGAAGUUCCCCGAGUUCAGUGCACUUACUCACUGCCUUGUCAAGUUGCACAGCCAAAUAGCUGAUAGUCUGCUCUGAACUUUUUCUCUCCUCACUUUGAUCAGAGAGUGAAUCUUUCAUUCCACUGCUUGAAGCUUCAUGACAGGCACACGUGCAUUCGUUGUUAGAGGUAGUUGGAUCAUCUAUUGCCUCUAC